UUUCGGUUGUGACACACGCCGGAAGUGCCGCCAUUGCUGUGUGUCGUGGCUGUGAGCUGUGAGCGGAGUGUGUUCACUCGACUGGACUCCUGUAUUCUCUCGUUCAUCUGCAUUCGGAAGAGCCACACUCACCUGUACACACACUCGAGAUCUCCCCGGCCCGGACAUGUCCUUCAUAUUCGACUGGAUCUAUAGUGGUUUCAGUAGCGUUCUGCAGUUCCUCGGGCUGUACAAGAAAUCUGGGAAGUUGGUAUUCCUCGGCCUGGACAAUGCUGGCAAGACCACACUACUGCACAUGCUCAAAGAUGACCGGCUGGGCCAGCACGUGCCAACCCUACACCCCACCUCAGAGGAGCUGACGAUCGCUGGCAUGACCUUCACUACCUUUGACCUGGGUGGCCACGCUCAGGCUCGGCGUGUGUGGAAGAACUACCUCCCAGCCAUUAAUGGCAUCGUGUUCCUGGUGGACUGUGUAGACCACAACAGACUGGCGGAGUCCAAGACAGAGCUAGACGCACUCAUGACAGACGAGACCAUCGGGAACGUGCCUAUCCUGAUCCUCGGCAACAAGAUCGACAAGCCCGAGGCCAUCAGCGAGGAGAAGCUGCGCGAGAUCUUCGGCCUCUACGGGCAGACCACAGGCAAGGGCACCAUCGCAGUGAAGGAUCUGAACACGCGGCCGCUCGAGGUCUUCAUGUGCAGUGUGUUGAAGAGACAGGGUUACGGAGAGGGCUUCCGCUGGCUCUCACAGUACAUCGACUAGAGGAACACACACACACACACACACACACACACUCUUCAACCGCUUUCUCACAUUACUUCUCCCCCAGAUCAGAAGCCCGCAGUGAUUCUGCACACGUCAGGUUUAUAAACUCUGUAAUUGGAUGUUCAUCAGUUAAUGAUUCCUCACGCCGCCUCGUUCCUGCACACAGGAAGUGCUCUGACCUCCGCUGCGUGUCACUUCCUGUGGGACGAGGCUCUGAGAUGAAGCGCUGGCUGCUGAUGUCCAUCUUCAUAUCUGUCUAUGGUUUGCCCAAACUCACACUGCCACUUCCUGAAGCUCAUUCCCAUUGGCUGCCGCCGGUCCCGACCAAUCCAUGUCGUGUUUUAAUGAGGCGUAAUUGGAGCCGGUGAAGCAGUGACAUCACUGAUUAUAUGCUAAUGUCGAGUAACACACACACGUUUAACAGAGCUUGCCUUGAUCAGAAGCAUCGGGACAGCUAUUAAUCGGUGACAUGGACAAAUGUAAUUUAUGUAAAUGCGUAUAUGGAUUUUUUAAAGCUGUCCUCGAGUAGCUCUUCAUUUGAGCGAGAGGGAUGAUGACAUCAUUAUGCAUGCCUUGUUCAUGAUUAUUAUUAAUCAUUUUUGUUAGUGUUUUUUUUAAGGAAACACAAAUAACGUAGUGUAAAGCAUCCAGAUGCCCGGCCUGUGUGUGUGUGGCGUCGCGGUGGAACGGCACAUGCGUCACUCUGAGCUGUCCCAGCAUGCAUCACUGCCGUUCCCCGCUCCAUCUGUGACGGGUCAGCUGUGUCCAUCAGAACCUGUAAUAAAUGUUUGCAAUUAAAGCAAGCCAUGUUCAGAUCACUUCUUUUGCUGAAUGAAAUAAAUAUUUUGGAUGUCA